CUCUGCGCUGCACCGGGAGGAGACGGGCCAAGAUGGCGGCAGGGGACCAGGAAGGGCCGGCGGUGGAGCAGGAGCCGGCGGCGGAGGAGCCACGGAACUUUAAGGACUUGGGAGUAACAGAUGUCCUGUGUGAAGCUUGUGACCAGUUGGGAUGGAAGGUGCCAACGAAGAUCCAGAUUGAGGCUAUUCCAGUGGCUCUCCAAGGCAGAGACAUCAUUGGACUGGCAGAAACUGGCUCUGGAAAAACAGGAGCCUUUGCUUUGCCAAUUCUUCAAGCUCUGCUGGAAACACCUCAGCGAUUAUUUGCUCUCGUCCUUACACCAACAAGGGAACUGGCCUUUCAAAUCUCAGAGCAGUUCGAAGCUCUUGGCUCCUCCAUUGGUGUUCAAAGUACGGUUAUUGUGGGUGGAAUUGACACCAUGUCUCAGUCUCUGGCCUUAGCCAAAAAACCACAUGUUAUAAUUGCAACCCCUGGCCGUCUAGUUGAUCAUCUGGAGAACACAAAGGGCUUCAACUUACGAGCUCUGAAGUUCCUAGUGAUGGAUGAGGCUGACCGGAUUCUUAACAUGGAUUUUGAGACAGAGGUGGAUAAGAUAUUAAAAGUGAUUCCUCGAGACAGGAAGACAUUCCUGUUUUCUGCCACCAUGACCAAGAAGGUUCAAAAACUCCAGCGUGCUGCUCUGAAGAAUCCUGUUAAAUGUGCCGUUUCUUCCAAGUAUCAGACAGUUGAAAAACUACAGCAGUACUACAUUUUCAUCCCCUCCAAAUUCAAGGACAGCUACCUGGUUUAUAUCCUGAAUGAACUGGCUGGUAACUCUUUCAUGAUAUUCUGUAGUACAUGUAACAAUACUCAGAGGACUGCUCUACUGCUCCGCAACCUGGGGUUCACUGCCAUUCCCCUCCAUGGGCAGAUGAGUCAGAAUAAACGGUUGGGCGCCCUAAACAAGUUCAAGGCAAAGGCACGUUCUAUUCUCUUGGCUACUGAUGUUGCAAGCAGAGGUCUGGAUAUCCCACAUGUGGAUGUGGUGAUAAACUUCGAUAUUCCUACGCACUCUAAGGAUUACAUUCAUCGUGUUGGGAGAACAGCUCGAGCUGGGAGAUCUGGCAAAUCUAUCACCUUUGUUACACAGUAUGAUGUCGAGCUGUUCCAGCGCAUUGAACACCUGAUUGGCAAGAAGCUGCCAGCGUUCCCCAUGCAAGAGGAAGAAGUUAUGAUGCUGACAGAGCGUGUGGCUGAGGCCCAGAGGUUUGCUCGAAUGGAGCUGCGGGAGCAGGGAGAGAAGAAGCGACCUCGGAAUGAUGAUGAUGACACAGAAGAAGCUAUUGGUGUCAGGAAUAAGGUGGCAGGAGGAAAAAAGAAGAAAAGGAAAACCUUCUAGUUUGGUAUUUGAACAGACUUUUUUAUUUUUCUCUUUAUGGCUAUCUGAGCUAUCAAAAACAGUCUCCCAAGCCAUUUCCAGUGGAUUUUUUUUUUCAGCACUACAUAGGAAAUUUGGCAGUCCCUGAAGGAAAAAACCUACUUUUCCUCUUCACCAGCUACAGACUGAGCUUGGCCCAUGUUGGUACCGUGGUACCAGUUUUCCCUUCAGGGACACCAUCAGAGACCAUCAUCUCUGGAACUGGAAGCAGCUGUGGUCUGGCUCUGCUCAGUCGCUAUGAAGUGCAGUGUGAGUGCAGCUUUUGCACUGCUGCAGCCUCCCACUGUCCAAUUUCACUGAGUGCAUCUGGAGUCAGAUCUGUCAGAAGAAAGAGAGGAAAAAAUUAAAAAGCAGUGACUGAGUUUUCACAGCACAGCUGUGAUGCCCUUGCCUUGGUGAAGGGACGUGUUACAUUGAGAACUCAAUAUAUUUUGCUUAAUCUUAAAGCUA